AUGGGAAAGAAACGGAGCUCUUCUCAAAUCGAGAAGCUUUCCACCACCGCCGCUCCCAAAGACGACCAGCCACUCACUCCCGCCCCGAAAGACGACGAAAAACCGUCGCCUCCACGUCCGGAAGAAGGCAAGGUUGAAGAACAAGAUGAUGAAGAUUUAUCAUCCGCUUCUUCUUCAUCUGAAGCGGAAGAUGAAGAUGAAGAUGAAGCGGAAGAUGAUGACGAAGAAGACGAUUCUUCCAAAAACGCUACUCCACCUGCCAACUCUCGUCCGAAUCCAAAAACUGAAGAUGAUUCGGACUCUGAAGACGAAGAAGAAACCGAUUCAGACUCUGAAGAUGAACCAGCCCCCAAACUGAAAUCCCUCAACUCAAGCUCAAAGCCUCUUGAUCAGAUCAAAUCAAAGGCCGAACCAAAACCCUCUGCCGCACCGGCCAGAUCUGGAACCAAACGUCCUACUCCUGACAACGAUCCCAAGCAAGCGAAGAAGACGAAAACUGGCGAGGAGGACAAUAAGAAAUCCGGUGAUGAUUCUAAAAGGCUGUUUCAGAGAGUGUUCAACGAGGAUGAUGAAAUGGCCAUUAUCAAAGGUCUGUAUGAUUUCAUUACAAAAACACAGACCGAUCCUUUCAAGUACCACUCGGCUUUUUACGAGUUUGUGAAAAAGUCGAUCCACUUUAAAGUUACACUGGAGCAGCUCAGAGAUAAGAUUCGGAGGCUGAAGCAUAAAUACGAGACGAAAGCAAAGACUGGAAAGACUCCUAAUUUCUCCAAACAGAAUGACCGGAUAAUAUUUGAGUUUAGCCAAAAGAUUUGGGGUGGUAAAUUCAAUGUCAAUGAAGCCGAAGAGAAGGGAAAACCUAAUGGGAAACUUUCCCAGAAGGAACCUGCUGCUAAGAAACCAAGAACAACUAAGAAAUUGGUUUUGGAACCUGAUUCGCCGAUGGUUGUGAAGGAAACCAGGAAGGUGGAAAGAACUGAUACGGAGAAUCGCGGUCCGAGUUUGGCUUUGAAUGAACUGAUUCGUUUUGACGAGAGUGUAAGUGCAACUCGGGAGACUAUAGGUGCGAUGAAGAGGGGAAUGGAGUUGAUUGAGGAAUCAGAGAGGAAAGAGUUGGCGAGAAGGUGGGAGAAGGUGCAAAUUGCUGAAAUGGAGGUGUUUAAGAUGAGAGCUGAUUUGGCUGUGGAUCAGGCUAUGUCGAUAUUGGAUGCAUUGAAGUCAUCAUCAAGCGAUUAG